AGAGAGGGUUCCAUUCUUAAGAUUGGCGUGCCGCAAGUGAGGGGCGGCUGGACCCCGUGAUCAUUGCUCGUGAUGGCCCCGGGCCACUCGGCCUGGCCUCCCCACCAAGUCUCGGGUCAAGUGGUCACGGCUCUGCCCGAGGUCUUGAUCGUGUCCGUGGAGUGCCCGCUCAAGGACGGCAGCCCGGGUUUCUAUCAGGGCGCUUUGCUUCGGAUUCCCGCUCAACAGCCGCCAGACACGGGCGUGGCUGCGUUGGGGCCCUUGAGUGCCGAAGAUUUUGCCCUUAAAUUGGCGGCCGAUAAUCCCCGGGAUUAUUUGCUGGAUCAUUAUCCGAGUCUCGCCCACCGACACACCUAUUUCCAAGCGGCCCGUGACCAGCCCAACGCCGCCGCUCUGGAAUCCCGAACCGGGUCCAAAUCGGGGGGAAGUGGGGCGGGUGGGAAGAAAUUGGGCGUGCGACUCCGAGCCCGGCAAGUUCUGUGUAACAAGUGCAAGAAUGUGUGCAAUGAAAGAGGCGAGAACGUUCAACACAAGGCCCAACGGAAAACGCUCAACCAUUGUCAGAGCCGAUUAGAUUCCGGGGCGGGUCAUCCGGGGCGACGUCCCUCUAUAGCUAAGGCGGCUAGAAAUGCCGCCGGGCCGUCCACGGGCUCGUUGAAAAAGCUAAAAAUUAGUCCGAAUAAUACGCUAGUUCCGCGAUUGAAGCGGUUGAAUCAAAGCGAUAUCGACCGGUUGUCUGAUCGAAGCAGUGACGGUUAUGACGACCAUUCUGGCGAAGAAUCACCCGUUUUGGACACCCUUCCCGUUCAAAAAGCCAUGAUGCUGAAAAGACAAGAUAACAAGGCACCCAAUUCAGCCGGAUGGCUGACCCAGCCAGCAUCGUCAUCCACCAUGGCCAAACCCUUGAAAAUCAAAUUAUCCGGCAAUGCUCAGCCGAUGGCGGCCAUUUCACCUAUUGUGAAUUCACCGCCAGUGUUAGGACCCAGCCAGGCUAAUGUUAAAGAGGGUGGUGAUUCCUUUGGAAACCCGGUGAGUGGACGAACAUUACGUCGCAAGCGUUGUGCCGUUGGGUCUAUGGAAGACUUGUGGGAUGAGACGGUAUUUGAAGAUGUUCAAGUUCAAACAAAGUCGUCCAAAAAAGAUGCCAGCAAGACGAGUUCUGUCGCUCUCUCUGAACAGAAAACGGCGGGCAUCUCUUUGGUGAAGAAUGAAAAUUCUAGCGUGUCCGCGUAUGCCAGUGGGAAGCCGGAGACAUCCGGUCAGGGCGCCAAAUUACUGAAGAUUUUCUAUGGUAGUCGCGGCAAAGAAACCGUACUCAAGAUACCGGCUAGCCAACUUCAAGCCGGAACCUCGACCCCUAGUCAAAGUGAUACUGAUGAAAACGAGGAAAACGCCCAAAUGAUCGCUAAAAAAUCAAAGGAUGCCUCCAAAAAAGCCGCUAAGAAGGCACUGAAAAGGGCUCGUAAAGAAGCUCAAAGGCGUGCUCAGUACGGCAGUGCAUCCCCUGGCUCUUACUUAGCCGGCAGAUCGCCUGCUUAUCGAGGGGGCCGCUCUCCCAUCCCUUCACCCGUACGGAUGGUAUCGCCAUUCGCUCAUCCGGGUGGAUUUUCCCCGGGUAGAUACGGAUACAGUCCAGCUUAUGCAUCUUAUUCGCCCGCUCAUUCCAAGUCACCAGCGUAUUCAGUGUCACUCCCCCAGAAUUCGCCUGAAAGCGAAGCCAUUGGGGCUAGAAAAAUCAAACAUAAGCGCAAAAAACAUAAAAAAAAGAAACCCGAUGACGCUCUGUUGUCUUCGAAUGUCAAGGUAGAGAAUGAAGUGGUGGCUACCUCUUCUGGGUUGACCUCGGGCCACAACAUUUUUGUUGACGACGAGGUUAUUAGUUCCGAUCAAGUUCGCAUUUGGGGGAGUUUUCCCCCGUUUGUUGAAACCGAUGCGGCCGAUAUUGGUGGUCAAACUGUGGAUUCGGCUGAAAUGGAAAACGGUACCACCAUGCAUGUUGGCACUCUCAUUUGGGGGAAGAUUCCCAAUCAUCCUUGGUGGCCUGGAAAGGUCGUCAACAUAUAUUUGCGUUCGCUCAUUCCUGGAGGACGAAUACGACCGGAGGCUCUUGUCCUAUGGUUAGGUUGUGAAGGCGGAGAAAGGACAUCACUCUUUCCCUGUGAGAGACUCCGCCUCUUUCGAGAGGGUUUUAAGGAUUGCUUCAGCCAUUCUGCAUCUCGAAAUUUGACUUACAAGUAUGCUGUGGAAAUGGCCAAUCAAGAAGAUGAGCAAACAACCAACAAUGUUUUUGGACUGGGUUCUUCUACAAGAAUUUCCCAAACCCAAAAUACUCCCACCCAUAUCAGCACUACUUCUCCUGGUGGCUCUUUUUCGCCCAGGACUGUGGAUUGUUUGUCGUAAUUAAAUGAAAAGAAAUGCUUGUUCUUUUCCUUUGGGCAUUACCUUUAAAGUUAUUUUGCAAAUGUGUUGUCUCGGCACUUAACUGAGUGGCUUUCUCUCACAUUUUUCGCCCUUGUGGUCCACCAAUAGCGUAACAAUUUGAAUGUGAUCCGGAUUAUGAUUUAGAAUUACCGAUUGUGAAAUAUAUCCUAGCCCUGUUCUGAGUGGUUGACUGUA